AUGUUCCAGAUGUCGAAAGGAUUGCGAUUUCCGAGUGUGAGAAUAAUGAUUCUAAAGAUUACGAGGAACUACAGCGACGUUAAUUUUCACGGACAACGACACGUAUUGACGGUUGGGAUCGAUUUAUCGAUGUACGAGGUGAGUACAACGAGAGGGACACCGAGUACAAGCAUAAACUUGAAGGAGGCUUUGUGCGAAAAAAUUCCGAUACAUUAUGAUCUUGUGAGAAAUAUCCGUCAGCAGCAUGGUUCCUCGGUGGUCAGUCGUAUCACUAUAGAAAAUAUUUAUCAAGGAUUGAAAGGAGUGAACACGAUGGUCAGAGAAACCUCUGAAAUUGAUCCGAAAUAUGGGAUUAAGUAUAGGGGGCUGACGAUACCGGAAGUUAUUACGCUGUUACCUCGAGAAGGAAAGUCACCAAGCGCAGAAGCUGUUUUCUGGCUACUUUUGACCGGGGAUAUUCCAACACAAGAACAAACAGCAUCCUUAAUCGCUGACUGGUCGAUACGACGUGAGAAAAGAAAAGAUUGGUGGUCAGGACCAGGUGGUGGAAUCGUCGGUUCUAUCCUCCAAUCUUUACCGAAAACAACGUCUCCUCUUGGCAAACUGUCAGUAGCACUUACAGUAUUUGAUUCUGGCAAACACAUAACUGAAGCUUUAAAAAAUAACGCUUUAAGCUACACUCAUUGGGAAUACAUGUACGAGGAUAGUAUGGAACUAUUAGCAACACUACCGGCAAUAAUUGGUUUAAUUGCUAAAGGUGAAUUGAAGAACUUGAAAGAAGAGAAAGGCGAUUGGGUAGAAUUUUUAUCAGAAUGUCUAUGUAACGCGUUUGAUGUUUCGAAAAAUAAUAAAAAAUCGUUGAUGGAUUUUCUCCGAUUAUACAUUGUUCUGAACGCAGAUGAAAACGGUGGAAUACCUGGCGUUCAUAUUACAGAAAUACUCGGAGCUUCUCAAUCGUAUGUGAACCAAGCUCUUGCAGCAGGAGCUUUAGCAUAUGUUGAUGAACCUAAGAAUGGCACUAUUUCAGAAUAUAUGGAAUUCCAAAUGGGAAUACAGCGCAUUUUUGGCCAAGAAUUAAAGGAAGAAAAAUUAAGGAAUUACAUAGCUACUUUAAUUCGAAGAGAUAAAUUAAUUGGUUAUAAAGAAGCAGAAUUUUGCGAUCCAAAAUAUAUCGUAUUGGAAAAUUAUGCAAGGGAAUAUUUACCAAAUGAUUCUGGUGUACAGUUGUCACAAACCAUUACUAACAUUCUUACUACAAUGAUGAAAUCUACAAAAGGAAGGAAGAUUCAUCCCGAGCAAACUGCAAUUGUUGCACCUAUUUUUCAAUUCUAUGGCCUGAGAGAUAUGAAAUUCAAUCAAGUAUUACUGUGUAUGUCACGAGCAUUGGGCGCAGUUGCGUCAAUCAUUUGGGCAAGAGCUAUUAAUGCUUCGAUUGAACAACCUACAUCCAAAUGCACUUAUACUUAUUUAAAUUCUAUUCAAAGAACUGGAGGGAAAUAUGAACGAGGAAAACAUACAAAAAGUAUUCAAAAAUGA